AAUCUAAUCUCUUCACUGAGCAGUGAGCACAAGCUGCCCACAGUUAGCGGAUGUUGCUGUCGGAGCGCGCAGGCUUAUGGGUAAUGUAAGGUGCAGGCAGAAGGCAGCAGGCAGCACAACACGCCGGAGACUGGUGGGGAAAAAUAGCUUCCGCAGUUCCGUCAGCAGGCGAGGUUAAAUGUUGAUUACACUGUUAGCAUGCUGAACGUGUGUUUGUGUCGUGUUCUUCUCAAGUAACAAGGUAACUACGUCAGCGCUGCUCGUGUAGUCCUUUGGUGAGACAAGCAACAUGAGUCUGAACGAGCAUUCACUGCAGGCUCUCUCCUGGAGAAAGCUCUACCUCAGCCGAGCUAAACUGAAGGCUUCAAGCCGGACAUCAGCUUUGCUUUCUGGAUUUGCUAUGGUGGCCAUGGUGGAAGUGCAGCUGGACAACAGCUAUCCAUACCCACCUGCCCUUCUCAUUGCCUUCAGUGCCUGCACCACUGUGCUUGUUGCCGUUCACCUGUUCGCUCUCAUGGUCAGCACCUGCAUUUUGCCCAACAUAGAGGCGGUCAGCAAUGUCCACAACCUUAACUCUGUGAAGGAGUCCCCACAUGAGCGAAUGCACCGACACAUUGAACUGGCGUGGGCUUUUUCCACUGUUAUUGGCACUUUGCUCUUCUUAGCGGAGGUUGUUCUGCUCUGCUGGGUGAAAUUUUUGCCUGUGAAGCCUAACAAGUCCAGCAACAGCACAGUUUCAUCUGGUGUAGCUGCUGCUAUCACAUCCACCUCCAUCAUGGUCCCCUUUGGUUUGGUCUUCAUAGUAUUUGCUGUGCAUUUCUACCGCUCUCUGGUCAGCCAUAAGACUGAUCGACAGUUUCAGGAGCUGGAGGAGCUGUCUAAUCUCACCAGGCUACAGAACGAGCUGGAUAACAGAGGGGAUUCUUCCAUCCUGCAGUCUCCAAGCUCACAUUUCCCUUAGGCAACACAUAUGAUGGACUAUUGGUAGAACUAUGUGUCCUUGAGAUUUCGCCAAACUAGAAGCACAUUUUGGCUUCUAUUUUUUACAGGUGUGAAGAUGCCUCACCUCUUUGUUGUGAAUUUUUUGUGUAAAGAGUUGUAUUUUUAGAAUACAUUUGAUAAACUGUGAGCUCACAAAUCUGCCAGUUAGCAUGUAACUUGAAAUUUGAAAGUCUUAACUGUGAUAGCUGCUUGAUUUGUCGCUGAAAUUAUGGCACACAAAAAAAAAUCAGAACAAUAACUUGAAUCCUGUCUGUUGCCUGCUGUGUUUAUUUACCUGUUUGUCAGUGAGAAAUUGUUAAUAUAUAUUACCUGGUUGUGUUAACCACAAGUAUUUAACCCCUUCUCAUUCACUGUGUACCUGAUUUGUUGUAAAGUUCACAAUUUUCAUGAAUGUAAUGCGUGCUGUUUCCAUAGACAUACUGCUGAAACUACAGUAUUAUUAAAGACUACACGCUGACAUCAGUAGCACAGGCUUUGUUGCAAGAAUAAACACUUUUUUUUUUACCAUC